AAAUGAGAAAAUCAAUCUAACGUCUAUGAAGGAGCGUAGCAGCUAAAGGAUAAAAAAAUCUACCGCGAAAUUUGAAAUUCACGUGGAUAUCCUGCGCAAUAAUGACUGGAACACGUGUAACGUGAAAAGCUAUCUAUAGAAAGAUCCGCCCCGCGUACUAUUUGUCGGGGUUGCGCCCAUCACGAGGGAACGAAGAAGAGCAGUCGCGCGCCGACCGCUGUCACAGUGUGUUCCUCAUGUAUCGCUCCGUUCUGAUUUGUAUAAAUUCGCGGCGCUUAACGCCCUAAGGGGCUGGUUACAGCGCAAGUACAUGAGAAAAGUGCUUGAUAGAAGGAGGAACUCAAGGACUAGUUUUCGAGAUGAACUAUGAAGGGGGCCCUCGGCUGCCUGCUAGCCUCCAUUUUCAUUUUACAAGUAUUUCGACUAAAUCUUUACACUUCGGCGCUUCCUCCUGUUGUCAAAAUUGGUGCAAUCUUCACUCAUGACCAAAAGGACAGCAGCACAGAGCUCGCCUUCAAAUAUGCCGUUUACAAAAUCAACAAAGAGAAAAUUAUUCUACCAAAAACAAAUCUGAUUUACGAUAUUCAGUAUGUACCAAAAGAUGACUCUUUCCAUGCAUCAAAGAAGGCCUACAUCAAUAUACUAUUCUCGAAGCAAGGCUUAAUGAAGUUACGAGAGUUGGUGAAAUCACCAAAGUUUCAAGAACUUGAAGUAUAUAUGAGACAAACUGAUCCUAAUUCGUAUAAGGAUGUCUUGGCUGAUAUCAAAACCAAAGAAAUUCAUAAUUUCAUUAUUGACACUAAGCCAGAACAUAUGCAUCACUUCUUACGAACGAUACUACAACUACAAAUGAACGAUUAUAAAUAUCAUUACCUUUUUACCACUUUUGAUAUUGAAACCUUCGAUCUAGAAGACUUCAAGUACAAUUACGUUAAUAUCACUGCCUUUCGAUUAGUCGACGCGGAUGACGCAGCAGUACGAGGAAUUCUACGCGACAUGGAACGCUUUCAGCCAUCUGGAAAUACAAUCCUCAAUAAAUCACACGUUAUUCAGGCUGAGCCAGCCCUAAUUUAUGACAGUGUCCAAGUAUUUGCAGUUGGACUACGAACAUUGGAGCAAUCUCACGCAUUGAGACCCGCCAAUCUCUCCUGUGAGCUUGAGCACCCGUGGGACGGUGGUUUAUCACUAAUUAACUACAUAAACUCGGUGGAAACGAAAGGCAUUUCUGGUCCUAUUGAGUUUAAGGAGGGUCGUCGAAUCCAAUUCAAGUUAGACUUACUCAAACUGAAACAGCAUUCUCUCGUUAAGGUGGGUGAGUGGAGACCUGACUCAGGUGUGAAUAUAACAGACGUCUCUGCAUUUUUUGAACAAGGAAUAGUAAAUGUCACUUUAACAGUCAUAACAAUUCCAGAAAAGCCAUAUGUAAUGAUGCAUAAGGAAAAAAACUACACGGGUAACAAUCGGUUUUACGGGUUUUGCGUGGAUUUGCUCGAAGCAGUGGCAAAAGGUGUAGGCUUCAAUUACCGUUUGGAGCUUGUUGAAGAUCGCAAAUAUGGCGCGAAAGAUCCAGAGACUGGCGAGUGGAAUGGCAUCGUUAAUGAACUCAUGCGACAUGAACAGCCCUACGUUAUGCUGAGGAACACCGGAAAUUUCAGCGGUAACGAACGGUACGAGGGAUUUUGCAUCGACCUUCUAAGAGAGAUAGCACGAAUGGUUGGCUUUACCUACAAGAUCGAGCUAGUGCCGGAUGGCAAGUACGGUGUUUACGAUUACGAGACUGGCGAGUGGAACGGAAUUGUACGGCAAUUGAUGGAUAAGAAGGCUGAUUUAGCAGUAGGUUCAAUGACUAUAAAUUAUGCAAGAGAGAGUGUAAUCGACUUUACGAAGCCAUUUAUGAACCUCGGAAUCUCCAUACUCUUUAAGGUGCCAACGAGUCAUCCCGCUCGAUUGUUCUCGUUUAUGAAUCCUUUAGCAAUUGAAAUUUGGCUAUACGUUCUCGCUGCUUAUGUCCUGGUCUCUGUAACAAUGUUCGUCGUCGCACGAUUUAGUCCCUACGAGUGGAAUAACCCACAUCCGUGCCAUUCGGGCCCGACGGAAAUCGUCGAGAAUCAAUUCUCCUUGGCAAAUAGUUUUUGGUUCACCAUUGGAACGCUGAUGCAGCAGGGUAGCGAUCUCAAUCCAAAGGCAACAAGUACUCGAAUCGUUGGUGGAGUUUGGUGGUUCUUUACCCUCAUAAUAAUAUCAUCGUACACAGCAAACCUCGCAGCAUUUUUGACUGUCGAGCGGAUGAUAACUCCAAUUGAACAUGCUGAAGACCUUGCUGGCCAAACUGAUAUUACCUAUGGGACUCUCGACAGUGGUAGUACCAUGACAUUUUUUCGAGACUCAAUGAUUGAAACUUACAAAAAAAUGUGGCGGUUCAUGGAAAACAAAAAACCUUCAGUGUUUGUUUCUACCUAUGAAGAAGGAAUCCAGCGAGUGCUACAAGGUGACUACGCGUUUCUGAUGGAAUCUACGAUGCUGGAUUAUAUUGUACAGCGAGACUGUAAUCUCACCCAAAUUGGUGGGCUACUUGAUAGCAAAGGAUAUGGAAUUGCAACCCCGAUGGGUUCACCUUGGCGAGAUAAAAUUUCACUUGCAAUAUUAGAACUUCAGGAGAAGGGUGAAAUUCAGAUGCUAUAUGAUAAGUGGUGGAAAACCCCAGGAGAUACUUGCAUGAGAACUGAGAAAGGAAAAGAGAAUAAAGCGAACGCUCUGGGUAUUUCGAAUAUAGGUGGAAUAUUUGUUGUUUUAUUGUGUGGACUAGCAUUUGCAGUAUUAAUUGCAAUAUUUGAAUUUUGCUACAAUUCAAAACGUAAUUCCAUAUCCGAACGGUCAACAUCAUCAGCACAACCACCUCCCACAUGCUCAGGCUCGCUGCAAGCAAUCCCGCAGAGUAUGCAACAGCAGAAUCAGCAGCAAGAGUCUUUAUGCACCGAAAUGAUGCGUGAAUUAUACCGCGCGCUCCGCUGCCGCUCAUCGUCUCAGAGGCGACGAGCUUGCGAGAAAUGUUCCACUCACGUUGUGGGUUAUCCAUUGGACAAUAUCUCCGCAACUCCUUUUAAUGGGAUGAGAUCUCAGCAAAGCAACCUAGGAGUAGCAAAUGAAUUGCCGCCAUCUCACAUUCACUUGCAUCAUAGUUGAAUCCUUGAUAUACCUAAGAAAGAUAUCAACAAUAAACGAUAAAAUUUAAGUAAAUAAAUCGUAAUUGGAAAUGAAAGCGAUGCCAAAAAAUUUGAUUACUAAUAAUUUAUAAUAAAAUAGACCAAUGAACUUUAUUCGAUUUGAAUAAUUAUAACAUUUCUAAAAAGUAUGAAAUAAGAAAAUGUUAUACUCAGUCGACUCGAAUUGUCUAAUGUAUAAUAAUUAAAAUACAUAUAGUUAGCUAAAUAUAAGGGUCGGGUAUCACCGACAGUGAAAAAAAAAAACAAUGAUUUUAUUUUUAUCUGUUAGACUUAGGUCUAGAUCAUACUUGGUUUUACGUAAUACUGUAUUU